AUGAGAGAUUCUAAUCACCGAUCAUUGGCAUCGAAUAAACCUAUUGUAACAAUCACGUCUACCGUUUAUGACCGAAGAGCACUGGAUAUCAACUCUAGCAUCCCACUAAUAAAUUCAUUAAACUACUUAACAUAUCUAACUUCGAAUUCAUCAAAAGUGAGGGAAACAGUAGCCAAUGAUGGUGCUCUAGAAAGAUUAGUAUCAAUACUGAGAAGUUGCCAUUUAAGUCUAUAUGAAUUGUUAGAUUUGGACUUAAAUACCUUCAGUGAGCAUGAGAACAUAAAGAAAUUAUGGAAGGAAAAACGACUGGCUCUAUGUGCUUGGAAAUGGACAUUAACAUUUCAGUGUUUAGUAUUAACAGGUACCAGAGGAACGGAACAAAUUCGGAAAAAAGUGGUUAUGUCUGGCGUCUUAUCUGUGCUGGUCACAGUAUUGGAUAAUUAUUUACUAUACCAUAAAAACUAUGACUUCAUUAAAGACCAAAAUAUGAACUUUGAUUUCAAAGGAAUAACAACAGAAACAAUGUAUAAAUUUUUGAGGAAGGAUGAAAAUGAAACAUAUCAACAGUAUAUAGAGUUCAUUACAGGUCAGGAUAAAUUGAAAUUAUCAAAUGAUAAAAUUUUUUUAAACGAACGACUAGUGGCACCAUCCAUGACAAUUCCAACUGAUUUUAGUGAUAUAUGGGUCCGAUUUUCAGAUCUCGCUGAUAAUUUUGAUGCAGAUCUUAAAAGACAUGAAGAUAGUACCGAUACUGAUAGUGAAACAGAAAAUGAAAAUUUUUUUGAUGCAUAUAAAAACUUUUUCUCUCAACCAGACGUUAAUAGACCCACAAUUUCCACACCACGUGAAUUUUUUCUUGGAAGAAUUGUUCCUAAACAAGACGACGUUAUAUGGUCUCUUCAGUUAUUAGCAUUUGUUUCCAAGUAUACCUAUAUGAAAUCUACCCUACAGAAUGUUGAGCUUGUAGAAUCCCUAUCAUUCAGAAGUAUGGCUUCAAAAAUUAGACAGAGAAUCUCGGAAGAAAGCGACAUAGAAGAACAGGAACGAAAUGUCACUGUAAAGUUUUCUUCACUAUACCCCUAUCUCUCAAAAAAUACUGACAAAAAUACUAGCGACAAGGUGCUAGGACCUAGUAAAAGGGAUUGUUUUUUCAAAGAGUUAGAAAAUCUUUCAAGUAGAUGCCAACAAGAGAAACAAAAUCAAAUAUCCAAUAAUCAUUGCCCCGUGCUUAAUUUGUUUGAGCGUUAUCGUGUACCGAAACCUAGCGAUAACAAUUCCAAUAGUAAAGACAGGGAAAGAAUUAAAUUGAGAAAAGAAUUAUUCGAAAAGUUUGAGAGGAACUGGAACUACGAAAAAAUGAAGAAAAGUUUAAAAAGUAGUGCAUGCAACCAUAAGGUAUUAUCUACAAACUUCGUAAACAUUUUUCCUUUAGUUGAAAAGUAUACUGUGAAUACUGAAAAUACACAUGACGUUAUAUAUUGGAGUUCUGUAAUUAUGAGAAAUUCAUGCCGAAAGAAUGAGGUUUUGGGUGUGCGUCAAUGUGCUAAUUUCUCAUGCGGUAAAUGGGAAGACUUUCCAAGACAAUUCGCGAAAUGUCGCCGGUGUAAAAGAACGAAGUAUUGUUCAAGAAAAUGUCAAUUGAAAGCGUGGGGUUAUCAUAGGUAUUGGUGUCAUGAAGUUGGAUCAAGCCAUAUGAGAUCUACGAACACUACUACAGGCGUUAAUACUCCGGAUGAACCGAGCUCCCUAAACACUACUGCUACUACUGCAGCGGACGUUUCAAAUUCUACCAGUACAUUCACGCCUAAUAUAUCAACUACCGUACCUGACGAGAUAAAUAACACAGAUGAAAACAGCAUACCUGAGUAG